UUACGGUUUAGAAAAAUUAGAAAUUGAGAAAACGAAGUCUUUGGAAAUUCAGUCCCUUUUAUCUCCUCUGUCUCAAACCAAUACGCGGAUUCGGCCGAAUUUUUAAUUCUCUUUCUCAAUCUCAAUCUCUUAUUCUUAACCCUUUGAACAUUCAAACUCCACCCAACAACAACAACAACAACAACAACAACUGUUUCAUAGUCUCUCUUCUCUUGCGCGUGCUGUGCCGAUUGGGAAGCCAGAAAGUUUUUCCCAGAAAAUUCCACAGAUCUGAUUAAGCGUCGGAAAGUUUCGCAAGUCCUUGUCUUUCUCCGUUAAAAUUGCUUGGUUCCUGAAAUUAGUAUCUGGGUUUCGAAGAUAACAUCACCCAAGUGGAGUUUCAAGGUCGUUUGUAUCAUCUUGUGGAUUUGGAAACCCUAGAAUUUCCUUUGCCGGUUUCAAUGGCUUCAGGGGCUAUUUUCUCGUCGCUGCGGCGGAGAAGGUCGCCGACGUUGGAAGCGUUUCUUGCCCCCGUUGACCUGAGCGACGUUGCCCUGGUUCAAACCCUUGUUUCCGUGGUCAGCGAGCUUGUGUCGUGCUUUUCAAAGCGCUCCUUCCACUUCCAGCGCAAGAACUCGCGGUCUCUGAUCCGAAAGGUGGAGGUUUUUCAGUUGCUUUUGGAGUAUUUGAGUGAUUCUGGAACGUGUCUUCCACCUACCGCGGUGCUUUGUCUUAAGGAGCUUUAUCUGCUGCUGUAUCGGUCCAAGAUUCUCCUUGAUUAUUGCGCGCAAUCGAGUAAGUUGUGGCUUUUGCUUCAGAACCAUUCAAUUUCUGGUCACUUCCAUGAUUUGAACCAAGAGAUUUCGACCCUUAUGGAUGUUUUUCCGAUUAAGGAUGUUGAGUUGAGUAAGGAUGUCAGGGAACAGGUUGAGCUGUUGCAGAAGCAAUCAAGGAGAGCUAAGCUCUUUAUAGACAUGAAAGAUGAUGCUCUCAGGAUCCGCUUCUUUUCAUUUCUUGAUGAGUUUGAGAAUGGUCGGAUUCCUGGUUCAGCUGAAUUACAAUCUUUCUAUGUUGAGAAAUUGCAGAUUCUGGAUGCUACGAGUUGUAGAGCUGAAAUUGAAGCUUUGGAGGAGCAGAUUGUUAAUCAUGAGGGUGAUAUUGAGCCUACAAUUUCUGUGCUUAACGGGUUGGUGGCCAUGACUCGGUAUUGCAGAUUUUUGCUUUUUGGAUUUGAGGAAGAUGAACUUGAUUUGGAAAAUGGAAGUCAGAAGAAGCGUAAAAAGAGAUUGAUUACUAAAGAAAUUGCUGAAACAUUUUUAACUGUUCCAAAGGACUUUUGCUGUCCAAUAUCAUUGGAUAUGAUGAGAGACCCAGUGAUAAUUUCCACAGGUCAAACUUAUGAUAGGAGUUCCAUUUCCCGGUGGUUGGAUGAAGGGCACACAACUUGCCCAAAAACAGGUCAAAUGCUUGCCCACACUCGCGUUGUUCCUAACCGUGCUCUGAGGAAUUUGAUUGUGCAGUGGUGCACUGCACAUGGAAUUCCCCUUGACCCCCCAGAGGUCAUGGAUGCAAUGGUUGAAGCUUUUGCAUCAGCUUGUCCCACCAAUGCUGCCCUUGAAGCCAACAGAGCCACGGCAACACUUCUCAUUCAACAGCUAGCUAAUGGAUCACAAUCUGGAAAGACUGUAGCCGCUCGGGAGAUACGAUUGCUGGCAAAAACUGGAAAAGAAAACCGUGCCUUCAUUGCAGAAGCAGGAGCAAUUCCAUAUCUUAGCAACUUACUUUCAUCCCCUAAUGCUGUUGCCCAGGAGAAUUCCGUGACCGCAUUGCUCAACCUAUCCAUUUUUGAGAAAAACAAAAAUAGGAUCAUGGAUGAGGAAGGUUGUCUGGGAUCAAUUGUUGAUGUGUUGAGAUUUGGGCACACAACAGAAGCAAGGGAAAAUGCUGCUGCGACAUUGUUCAGCCUAUCUGCCGUUCAUGACUACAAGAAAAUAAUUGCAGAUAAGAUGGGAGCUAUUGAAGCCCUUGCAGGGCUAUUGCAAGAAGGGACACCAAGGGGAAAGAAGGAUGCUGUCACAGCUUUAUUUAAUCUUUCCACACACACUGAGAAUUGUGUUAGAAUGAUAGACGCAGGUGCAAUAACAGCUCUAGUUGGGGCUUUGGGGAAUGAAGGAGUUGCUGAGGAAGCAGCAGGUGCAUUGGCCUUGAUAGUUAGGCAACCCAUUGGGGCCAAAGCAGUAGUGAGUGAGGAAGCAGCAGUUGCUGGAUUGAUUGGAAUGAUGCGUUGUGGAACACCAAGAGGUAAAGAGAAUGCGGUGGCGGCCUUGCUUGAGUUGUGCCGGAGUGGCGGUGCAGCUGCAACAGAAAGGGUGGUUAAGGCGCCAGCUUUGGCUGGAUUACUUCAAACCCUGCUUUUUACAGGGACAAAGAGGGCAAGAAGAAAAGCAGCUUCACUUGCUAGAGUGUUUCAGAGAUGUGAAUAUGCAUCUAUGCACUAUGGUGGAUUAGGUGUAGGCUAUGCAUUUGCUAGCAAUUCAGCUCCACCUAGGGAUACAAGCUUUGCCGGUGAUGUUUCAGUACCAAUGUCCAUUUCUGUACCUGUUUUAUAGUGGUAAUACGUCUGUGUUUAUUACGUUCCCAAUUUUUGUUGCUAGUCUUUACAGAUUCUUUCAUUGAAAUUAAAGUCAUAAGAAAUUAUAGCAAUACCAUGUGAUGUAUUCUAAGAGAUCGACCAGUGUUGUUGAGCAGAUUGCUUCAGCAUGUGUAAUGAGUUAUAUCAAGCAAAAUUAGAGAAUGCUUUACAGAAGAGUUGGACCAUUUAAGGUGUCAUAUGUAUUUAUUUUUUCUCUUGGCCACCACUGCAGAUAAAUCUUUAA